AUGUCUCGCUCUCUGCCGCCCCGGGCGGCCGACCCGACAACUUGCAGGCUACGCAGUCGCCCAUGGGCGAUCUUCCUGCCACUUGUUGCCUUAUGCUCGGCCUCCAUCCUCCCGGGAUGGUCUCCGUUUGCUUCAUCCCCGAUGCAAGGCCGGAUGCUCCGCCGCAAGGAAGCUGAGGCAGCCGUCGACGUCCUCGGCCUCCAGGCAGUCGAGAGGACGUGGGAUCGUGUGAAGCCUUGCCUGGUCGCCGAACUGCAGACGCACGCGGCUGCGGCACCCGGAUUUUUCCAAUGGCUCUACGCACAGAGCUUGCGAUGGAUCACGCAUCCGCAACACUGGCCGUGGCUCCGGUUGGUCCUUGGCAUUUCGCUGCUCACCUUGGCACCUUCCCGCCUUCUCCGCUGGAGGAACGUUGUGUACUCAUUGUAUUCAGAAGAAGGUUCUGAGAGCAAGUUGCAGUGGGACGAGACGAUUCUGGGGUUGUCCGAGACCGAAGCUUGCACUUUGCGGCUGGCGGACCUGAUAUCCGGCAUCUACGUGACAGCAGUCUACUUUUCAGGUGGGAUUUGGUGGUUCGGAGGUUUGCUGACAGUUUUCAAACUGUCAUCGGCGGUAAGCUUCGUCGUGACACUCAUUCCCACAAGUGCCGUGGACCGCCCCCAGGGUCUCAUAGAAGCCUACCUGAUUGCUGGUCUCUUUGGGGCAGUCCCUUCCAGCGUCAUUCAGCUCGGGGUCCUGGCUUUCAAUGCUCUGCCUGAGACAAACCCACUCCUCUUCUGGAUGGCCUUCGUGCUCCAGUUGCUGUCCGCAGCUGCAGGCAUCAACUCUGCCUUCUUGUGCCUCCGCCAUGUCCCGGCUAUGUUUAUGUUUCUGCGCGAGCAUGAUGAGCUCGACACUGCCCACAAUGUGGAGCCUCUGCUGCCGGGAAAAUCUUUGUUGCUCUGGCGUACUGGAGACGUGGCAUCGCGGGUGAUCUUUUGGAUUGUCCCAUGCUUGGUUUUGGAUGCUGAGGCGCGACUAUUCAUACCCCUUCUUUUCUUAUGUGAGAUGGCGGCAUGUGCACUCUAUUCAAAGAGGUGCUUAAAAGCUUCCUUCCGGGAGAAUGAACGCACCAGCGACGAGCCCCCUGUCUUAGUUUUCCUUGGUCUUUGCACGUGCGGAAUGCCCUGGCCCUGCUUCCCCGCAGAUCUCUGUGCCCAGCUACGCCUGCAAUUGUGCACAGCGCUCUGGCGCAGCAAUCUGAUUAUCUUUUUCAGCAUCAUGGUUCCACACAAGUCGGGAGCUGUGACCCAGCAUGCUUGUCCCUUGGCCACGGAGCCCAUCCUGGAAAUUUUGAUGGGCGUGGGCCUGACGAUGCACCUCUUGGCUAUGCUCGGGGUUUUGAUCUACCAAGCCUUGUUGCGAACUCGAUGCGUGUGCCUGUUCCCAACACGUGCGGUGUUUGGGGACAGCCGGCUGCAUUUGGCUGUGAGCCUCGGUGCCGAGCAUUUGGUGCAGGAGUUCUGGAGAGCCUACGACGAGGAGGGCUCAGACAGGGACAGGUUGCUGCUCCAUGAAGCUGUACUUGCUGGGCAUGUCGAAAUGUUACAUGCCCAGGGAGUCGAUGUUCACACAGCUGAGACCCGGUCGGGAAUUGUUUUUCAUCUUGCAGCGAGAGCCGGAAAGGUCGAUGUGCUGAGGGCGCUUCAGAAGCUUGGCGCAGAUUUCAGCGCAACGGACGAGGAUGGCAGCAAUGCGGCUUUGCUGGCUUCAGGGCGAGGUCACAGUGCCGCUUUGCAGUUCUUGCUGCAGGCGCGGUGCGAUGCAGAGGCACGUAACCGACGCGGCACGAGUGCAAUAAGUGCCGCUACACAACAUGGGCACGCAAGUUUGCUGCCGAUGUUGCUCGAGGCCAGGUGUGACCCGCAAACUGCCGGCAGGGACGGUGAGCCCUUGAUCCUAAUGGCAGCAGGGCUGCAGAUGACCGAUUCGCUGCAGGCCCUCUUGGAAGCGAGAUGCGACCCGAAGAUCGCCACCAAGGGUGGUGUCACUCCAGCCUUGAGAGCGGUGUGGACGGGAAGGGUUGGUGCGUUGAAGCUGCUGUUGGAGGCACGGUGCAAUCCGGAGAUUGCCGACAAGGAUGGUUUCACUCCAGUGAUGGGAGCAGCACGAUAUGGACAUGUUGAUGCACUAGAGUUGCUGUUGAAGGCCAGUUGCGACCCCAAGAUCGCAAGCAACAACGGAAGCAGUGCAGUCAUGUUCGCCGCAGAAAGCAGAGACGUCAGUGUGCUGAAGCUGCUGCUGGAGGCAAGGUGCGAUCCAACCGCUACUGACAAGGAUGGCAACACCCCAAUCAUCAGCGCUGCACAGGCGGGCGAAAGCAUUGAUGCCUUGGAGUUGCUGCUGGAGGUCAGAUGCGACCCCAGGAUAGUCAACAAGUGUGGCAGCAGUGCAGUGGAGUUCGCUGCAGCAAAAGGACGCUGUGACAUGUUGAAGCUGCUGUUGGAGGCACGGUGCAAUCCGGAGAUUGCCGACAAGGAUGGUUUCACUCCAGUGAUGGGAGCAGCACGAUAUGGACAUGUUGAUGCACUAGAGUUGCUGUUGAAGGCCAGUUGCGACCCCAAGAUCGCAAGCAACAACGGAAGCAGUGCAGUCAUGUUCGCCGCAGAAAGCAGAGACGUCAGUGUGCUGAAGCUGCUGCUGGAGGCAAGGUGCGAUCCAACCGCUACUGACAAGGAUGGCAACACCCCAAUCAUCAGCGCUGCACAGGCGGGCGAAAGCAUUGAUGCCUUGGAGUUGCUGCUGGAGGUCAGAUGCGACCCCAGGAUAGUCAACAAGUGUGGCAGCAGUGCAGUGGAGUUCGCUGCAGCAAAAGGACGCUGUGACAUGUUGAAGCUGCUGUUGGAGGCACGGUGCAAUCCGGGGAUUGCCAACAAGGAUGGUUUCACUCCAGUGAUGGGAGCAGCAGGCGGUGGACAUGUUGAUGCACUAGAGUUGCUGUUGAAGGCCAGGUGCGACCCCAAGAUCGCAAGCAACAACGGAAGCAGUGCAGUCAUGUUCGCCGCAAAAAGCAGAGACGUCAGUGUGCUGAAGUUGCUGCUGGAGGCAAGGUGCGAUCCAACCGCUACUAACAAGGCUGGCAACACCCCAAUCAUCAGCGCUGCACAGGGCGAAAGCAUUGAUACCUUGGAGUUGCUGCUGGAGGUCAGAUGCGACCCCAGGAUAGUCAACAAGUGUGGCAGCAGUGCAGUGGAGUUCGCUGCAGCAAAAGGACGCUGUGAGAUGUUGAAGCUGCUGUUGGAGGCACGGUGCAAUCCGGGGAUUGCCAACAAGGAUGGAUGCACUCCAGUGAUGGGAGCAGCAGGAUAUGGACAUGUUGAUGCACUAGAGUUGCUGUUGAAGGCCAGGUGCGACCCCAAGAUCGCAAGCAACAACGGAAGCAGCGCAGUCAUGUUCGCCGCAAAAAGCAGAGACGUCAGUGUGCUGAAGUUGCUGCUGGAGGCAAGGUGCGAUCCAACCGCUACUAACAAGGAUGGCAACACCCCAAUCAUCAGCGCUGCACAGGCGGGCGAAAGCAUUGAUGCUUUGGAGUUGCUGCUGGAGGUCAGAUGCGACCCCAGGAUAGUCAACAAGUGUGGCAGCAGUGCAGUGGAGUUCGCUGCAGCAAAAGGACGCUGUGACAUGUUGAAGCUGCUGUUGGAGGCACGGUGCAAUCCGGGGAUUGCCAACAAGGAUGGUUUCACUCCAGUGAUGGGAGCAGCAGGAUAUGGACAUGUUGAUGCACUAGAGUUGCUGUUGGAGACCCGAUGCGAUGCAACCGCUGUCGCAAGGCAAGGGUUUACCGCCGUCCUUUGUGCUGCGGGAGCGACGAGCAGAGCGGUGGAGGUGUUGGAGCUGCUCCUCCAGGCUCGUUGUGACGCCAACUCCGGGCAAGACGCCUUUUGCGGCUUCACCCCAGUCCACAUGGCAACAGCUUCAGGGAACGUCGACGCACUGGAAGUGCUGCUCAGGGCGCGUGGUGACCCACAGAAGACAGCCUCCAAGUUCGCCCUCUGUUGCUCCCCAGCCAUGUUUGCAGCAGGCUCUGGCCGCACUGACGCAUUGAAGGUCUUGUUUGAGACGAGGUGCGAUCCGCGUGCCGUCAACUUCCAAGGAGACACACCGGUCAUGAUCGCAGCUCGUGCAGGCCGCGACGAUUCUUUGAAGUUUCUGCUCCAGAAAGGCUGCUGCGACUUGAGGACUCGCAAUAAGAAUGGUGACACCGCGGUAUCGUUGGCUGCAGCGGCGGGUGAAGUUGGAGCGUUGCGCCUGCUUCUCGAGGCAAGAUGUGAGCCGUGGAACGGUGGCGGCAGGACAGACGUCGAGGAAGCGAGCGGAGUGACGGCCGUUCAGACGCGCGUCUUGGAGUGGCUCCUUCAACAAGGAGAGUGUUUGACCAAAUCGCAGCUUGUGCUCAACAGCACCGAAGCUUUGACGUUAGCUUACCAAAGGCCCAUGCUCUCGAAGAAACUUUCAGAGUCUUUUGUGCUAAGACAGUAUUUGCAGCAGCCCGAACUGCAAGAGCAAUUGCGGGGACUCACAGACCUGGCGCCCAGUGAUGCUAAAGUUUUCGAUGCCUGCGGGGUGCCGAGCCUCGCUCGGAGCUCCGGGAAGUUUUAUCACGAAGUGGAGUUCCUUGGUUUUGUUGGUGAGUCUCUGCUCGGCUGGCUCACGACCCAGUUCGGACCUGCGGUGGAGGGUAACCAUUUUCUGCGUGGCCUGCCGACAGGCGCUGUGGUGAAGAAGUGCGGUGCUUUUCGGAGCCCACCUUUCGUCUUGCGGUCGGAUCAAGCCAACAUGGACCGUUGGCGCCCGGACGAUCGGCUCGGCCUAGCGAUAGACCUGGAUGAGGGGACCAUGCUCAUCUCGGACCGGUAUGGCACCUGGCGCAACGAGGCCUGA